CUCGGCUGCUGCUUCUUCCAUUCGCUUUCGCCUACCCGCCGCCGCGACACGGAAUUUCAGGCGGCGCCGCUCGCCGGAGAAGUGGUCGGCCCCCGUCGAGAGGGAGGGUUAGACAGGGAGAAGGAGAGGAUGAGGAGCAGCGAGGCCAUGGAGCUCCUGGGCCUCCCAGCGCACACCCGCCCGUCGCCUUCCGAGGUUAAGGCUGCGUAUAGGAGAAUGGUGAUGGAAUCGCAUCCUGAUCGUGUCCCGACGCAUCAGAAGUCUCAAGCCGAGUCAAAAUUCAAGCAGAUAUCAGAAGCAUAUUCUUGUUUGAAGGAUGGAAGAAGAUAUGGGAGUAGGAUGGAAGUACAUGUGAUGAGGUCUGGUGUUCCGACGGGAUUUGGACGAUCAAAUAAGACAUUGGUUAAAGCCCCUUUUCUACUCAUAAUUUUUGCAGCGGUUUCAUUGGGUGGAUUCAGCGCUUCAAGAGCAUACCAGCGGCAGAAAGCAAUGUGUUCCUCUCAGAAUCCAUUUCUUCCAUAGAGCAAGGCAAUUGUAGCAUUUCCCUAUUGACAAGCGGAGCAGAGUUAUGUGUACAUUGUAAAACAAUCAUGCUGGGAACAGAAGCACCAAAUGCAAGUCCCAUGUACAUUGUAAACAAUCAUCAAGUUUGUGAAUAAAAGCAUGAGUUGCUCUUUGUGGUUUA